AUGGCCGCAACCCACAUUAUCGGAUACGCCGACCCUCUGACGGCCUCGCCUGGCCAGACCGUGGCCAUUCACGUCUCCUGCCACCGUGAGAAAUACACCAGUGAAUUAGUCCGUUUGGGCCCCGGCCAACUCAACCAUCCUGACGCUCCGCCCGAGGAUCGUCGUCGCGUAGACUCCCUUGCGUCCGUCUCCCACGCCGGUCGCCCACAGUACUCCCGUCUUGGGUCGUUUGCGUCGGUGCCCUGGAAAGGAGAGCUUCUGGGUCAGAAGGAUGCAGUGACCGUGUCCUUCUGGGCGCAGCCCACUCUCCCACGUGCUGGUCAUGAACAGUAUCUGUUUUCAUCCCUCGAGCCGGACGACCGGGCGGGACUGGCAGCGCUGAUCGACAAUGAGGGAACUCUCGUUCUGUGCUCCGGAAGCUCCGAUGGCAUACGGCGUGUUACAUCGUCAAUCCGCCUCGAGCGUGGGCGAUGGUAUCGUCUAGCCCUCACCUGGGAUCAAUCAUCCAACGUUGUCGGCGCCGACGUGCAGGCCAAGGCCGGCGAUGUCGGACAGGCUUCCACCUCAAAGACCGAAACCCAGUCCGUGAAGGCAAUGCAGCUGGUGUCAUCGCAGACGUUGACAAUUGCCAGUCACUCCAGUGCUGACCGCGUGGCUCCCCACCCUCUGUCUUCUUCGAGUUUCAACGGCAAGAUCGACGGUUUCCGCGUGGAGGUCGGAUCGGAGCACAUUCUAGACCUAGAUUUCAGCAAAGACAUUACUACGGACGCUCUGCGAGAUCUUUCCCCCCGGGCCACCCAUGGAGUUCUCGUGAAUUCUCCCGCCCGUGCAGUGACCAGUCAUGAUUGGAAUGCUCGCGACGUGGACUGGACUCGCGCAUCGUACGGUUACGGUGCCAUUCACUUCCACGACGACGAUCUAGACGACGCAGCGUGGGAAAAGGACUUCGACGUCAAGCUCCCCGAAGAUCUUCAUUCGGGAUGCUACGGCGUCGUCAUAUCAGAUGGCGAGACCGAAGAUGUCAUUCCGAUCUUUGUUCGACCUGAUCUAUCCAAAUCGUCUAACCCCCCGGUUGCUCUGAUCAUGCCCACCUUCACCUAUACUGCGUACGCAAACGACCGUAUGUACGACACCUCUCGUGAUGUACACAUCGACAUCCCCGGGUCCGACUCUGUGACAAAAAGCCGUCACAUCCAGAUCCUCGAGGCCCGACCGGAUCUAGGGAUCUCGCUGUAUGACAGCCACAAUGAUGGCUCUGGCACCACGCAUUCCUCGACCAAGCGAGUUGUUCUCAACAUGAGACCCGACUACUUUCACUGGGGCUUCGGCGGACCUCGUGAAUUCCCAGCAGACCUCUGGUUCGUCGGCUUCUUAGACAGAGAACUCGGUCGCGACAACUACGACAUCAUCACCGACCACGACCUCUCCAUAUACGGGCCCUCCCUCCUUCUUCGCUACUCCGUCGCUCUCUCCUGCAGCCACCCAGAGUACCCGACCUUCGCCAUGCUUGACACCUACGACGCCUUCCUCGCUCAAGGUGGCUUCUUUCUCUACCUCGGCGGCAACGGCUACUACUGGGUGACGGGGCAUCAAGCCACACAACCCCAUCGCAUCGAAGUCCGUCGCGCCGACCAAGGCUGCCGCACCUUCAACCUACCCCCAGGACACUGGCACCUCGCCAGCACCGGCGAACUGGGCGGACUAUGGCGCUCACGAGGCCGCACCCCGAACCGACUAAUGGGCCUGGGCUCCGACGCCUGCGGAAUGGGCCAAGGGGCUCCGUACGGGAUCGUGUCCGAGGCGCGUCGCAACCCAGCCCUGGCCUUCCUCUUCGAUAGUCCCCGUCUGCGAGACCCGUCAGUCACUACCAUCGGGGACUUUGGGCUCGUUCAGGGCGCCGCGUCGGGUGAUGAGAUUGAUCGGUUGGAUUACUCGCUCGGGACGCCGAGGAAUGCGAUUAUGGUUGCGACGACGAAGUUGGCUGGUGGUCAUUCGGAUAAUUACGGUUUGUUCAAUGAGGAAAUCCUUUUCCCGAUGGUCAAUACAACGGGGACGACGAGUGAUAAGGUCCGCAGCGACCUGGUUUAUUAUGAGACUGCGGCAGGAGGGGCGGUCUUUUCGGUCGGAUCGAUCAAUUGGGUGGGUGCGUUGGCGUGGAAGAAUUAUGAGAAUAAUGUCGCGGAGAUUACGGCGAAUUCUGUCCAUGAGUUCGUGAGGAGAGUUAGGGCAAGAGAGGGAUAG